AUGCCUCAUAUUGACCCGCCAGACGUUUCUGCAACGGAGGGAUCCUCCUCCGAACCCUUGACAAGGCUGCCCUUUCCUCCGAUCACAUAUUCCCACAUCUUGAACUGCUCAUACCAUAGCUGGCAACCUCGAUAUCGUAGUUUCGUUCCCAAAUCUCGCGCAAUUCCUCUCAGCUCCCAAUUUGUCUCCUACCUGCGUGCCGACGGCAUCGUUCUGCCACCGGAGGCUGCCCCGCCCACGGACGAGGAUGAUCUCGACACAUUCUCCGACGAUGGCGAAGCCGAAGAAUCAGAUCCAUCCGUCGAGUGGCCAGAGAUCCACUCCCAGAUCAAAUCCACGAUCCGCGAAUAUGGAGGAAAAGUAACACCCAAGUUGAACUGGAGCGCUCCGAAAGAUGCGAGUUGGAUGUCUGCUACGAACGAUUUACAAUGCCGUACUCCGAAUGACAUCUACCUGCUUCUAAAGAGCAGUGAUUUCAUCACUCACGACUUGGAGCAUCCCUUUGAUGACUGCGUUUCCGACGACGCUGCUGUUACUGCCGCCGCGACCGAGAAUGCCGACUCCGUGCCCUCCACGACCCCGCCUGAAGUCCCCUACCACCUCAUCCUCCGCAAAUAUGUCAACUUUAACCCUUCUCUUGAGUUUCGAUGCUGGGUGCGCAACCGCGUGCUGCUUUGUAUCUGCCAGCGAGACCAGAAUCACUUCGACUUUCUCUUCCCCAUGCGCGAGGCACUCCGGUCUCGCAUCCAGGCAUUCUUCGACGAGAAGCUCAAGAGCACAUUCCCGGACCCGAGCUUCGUGUUCGACGUAUAUAUUCCGCCUCCCCACGAAAAGGUUUGGCUUAUCGAUAUCAACCCAUGGGCCGAAAGGACCGAUUCGUUAUUAUUUAGCUGGCUUGAGAUCUUGACAAUGAAGGACCCUGUCGGUAUUCAGGAAGAAGACGAUGAAGCAGGAGAGCAAUUUGUUCGUCUCUCCCUCAACGGCGCCAAUGGUAUCAGUGCAGAACAGGCCGAAGAUUCCGAGUCGGAAAGUGAGUCGGAAUCAAGUGACGAGGGCGAUGAUGCCCCGCUGUUCCCUGAGUUCCGGCUGGUGAAGCGCGAUGAUCCCGAGGCAUAUGCCUUCACAACACCACAGUAUUCGGCUCACAAGUUGCCAAAGGAGGUGGUAGAUGCCUCACUCACUGGACCGGGAGGAAUGAGUGAGUUCCUUGGGCAAUGGCAGGACAUCCUGGCCAAGCAAACCCAGGAAUCUGACUCGGACGAGUGA